AUGCCCGGGAGUCGCUCCAGCACGGAUCCAGAGCACAAGUCACCGCGAGAAAGUGGUGAAGAUUCUGAGGAUGAGAGUGAAAUCCUGGAGGAGAGCCCCUGCGGGCGGUGGCUCAAACGCCGGGAAGAGGUGUAUGUAGGUUCCAAGUCUACGUUAGCCGAAGGCUCUACUUUUGGAACAGCCAGAGGCAGUGAAAACGAAGUAACUGAAAUGGAGGUGGAACAGCGUGAUGUACCAGGGAUUGAUUGUGCCUACUUGGCAAUGGAUACAGAGGAAGGGGUUGAAGUUGUUUGGAAUGAAGUGCAAUUCUCUGAAAGAAAAAAUUUUAAAGCACAGGAGGAAAAGAUACAGCUUGUGUUUGAAAAUCUUACACAAUUGGAACAUCCCAAUAUUGUUAAAUUUCAUAGGUAUUGGACAGAUACCCAUAAUGAUAAACCUCGAGUUAUAUUCAUAACUGAGUAUAUGUCCUCUGGAUCUUUAAAACAGUUCCUAAAAAGAACAAAGCGUAAUGUGAAAAAGUUGCCUCUGCAAGCAUGGAAACGUUGGUGUACCCAAAUACUUUCUGCAUUAAGCUAUUUGCAUUCCUGUUCUCCUCCCAUUAUUCAUGGAAACCUCACUUGUGACACUAUAUUUAUUCAACAUAACGGGCUUGUAAAGAUUGGUUCAGUGGCACCCGAUGCGAUUCAUCAUCAUGUUAAAACUUGUAGAGCAAAUAUGAAAAACAUGCAUUUCGUAGCACCAGAAUAUGGAAAUUCUGUAACCCCUGCCAUUGAUAUUUAUUCGUUCGGUAUGUGCGCUUUGGAAAUGGCUGCGUUAGAAAUUCAGGGUAACGGCGAUAGUGGUACAAUCGUGACUGAGGAAAAUGUUAAGAAAACGAUAGAAUCCUUGGACGAUUUCCAGCAAAAAGACUUCAUCCGGAAAUGUCUACAAGUAGAUCCUCUAAGCAGACCGAGUGCACGGGAACUUCUUUUUCAUCCUGUUUUGUUUGAAGUACAUUCUUUAAAAUUACUCGCAGCUCAUGCUUUGGUUAAUUCAGCCACAAAUAUUUCAGAAACGAUAACGGACGAAGUAUUACAAAGGCUAUACCGACCUGAUACGGUAGUUGCCGAAAUUAAAUACCAAGGUAGACCACCGCAGCAGACUCGGUUAAGUGAUAUUCCUGUUACGGAAAAGUUAGAAAAGUUUGUCGAAGAUGUAAAAUAUGGUAUAUAUCCAUUAACGGCAUUUAUGGCAAAACUACCACCGCCUGUUCGACCAAGGGCGAUAUCGCCCGAGGUAACCGAGUCGGUAAAAUCGGUCACCCCCGAACCGGUGGACGUGGAGUCCCGAAGAGUAGUUAAUAUGAUGUGUAAUGUUAAACCUAGAGAAGAAAGUUGUGAAUUACUUAUGACAAUAUUAUUACGAAUGGAUGACAAAAUGAAUAGGCAAUUGACGUGUCCUGUCAGUCAAUUAGAUACUUCAAUGCUUCUUGCGCAAGAGCUUGUACAUUUUGGAUUCAUUAACGAGAACGAUCGUGAUAAGAUAGCAAAUUUAAUCGAAGAAGCAUUAAGAAGUUGUUUUAAUAAGCAAUUGAUGACACCUGGAAUGGUAUCAUUAACUAAUCUUCCCACCCAAACUACUUUACUGCUGCCUGGUCCAGAAUUUCCAUGCUUGCAACACUUUGAUAACUCUAUGUAUAAUGCGACAACAUCUAAUAGUGAUAGUGUAACUAACCCGCUGCCAAAAACCUCAGGUCUCCCCGUAUCGAGUAACGCCAGCAAAAGUCACGAUGAAACGGAACCACCGUUGAAUACUGAAAGCGGUAGUUAACCAUCCAGGAUAUCUGGUAACUCAGUUCACUGUGCCACUUUGCACGCUCUAUGUAUAGACUGGCUAUGUAUUUUUAUAUUUAAGUAAACAGGAAGAAAAGAAUGGAAUUAAAUAAUAAAAGGAAAAAAAAAAUGCAGAAAAGGUGCCGUGGCUAAACCACUAGGCUAAAAAAAACUUUUAACUCGGUAUCAUCAAAUAUUCAUUUCAUUCGAGAAUACGAUAUUUUGUUUAUAAAAUUUAAUUUAAUUUAACGGUAUUAAGUUUUCUAUUAAGUAGUAAGGUAGUUAAAACAGUUAGAAUAUACACUGAAUAAAUCUAACGUGAAAUUGAAGAGGACGAGCUCUAUGAUUUCAGUUGACUGUACAACUAUUAAGAAAACGUAAUUGCGAAUGUAACAAGUUCCAAAACUGCGCCUAGUUAUUAUUACUCAUAACCGUAGUCACCUGUUAUUAGGCUGAGAUAAAGGGCAUUUUAACUAUCGAACGUGAAAUUCGUCGAGAACUUGAACGAAUUACUCGAACUAAAUAUUAAUCCAAGUUAAAAUUUAUCUUUUGUCGCGAUGUGACGCGACAAUGUAUGAUAAAAGAACAAAAAAAAAAAAAAGUUUAGUUUGUACAUACAAAUGGACAAAGCUGAAAGAAAACUAAAACGAGGAAGAUAACGAUCUAAUUAAUAGGUACAGAAUAGCUUAAUCGUACAGCAAUAUGAAAAUGAAACGUACGAAAGAAAGGGAAAAGACUAACAAAUUUCGCACUUGUUCUCAUUUAAAUAUCCAAUAUGGUAUUAUGAUUCAAUCCGAGUCAUAUGAAUCGACAUAUUUCCUUUGUCUAGAACAAUGAAAUAUAAAAAUAAGAGACUAGGUUCCUUUUUUUGUUACUAUGUAAGGGUAGAAAAAAGAAUCUUCUUUAUUUCAUCUGUUUUGUAGUAUUCUAAUAAACAGCCACGGCCCUCCUAUACUUCGGUAUUAUUGAUGUGAUUAAACCAAGGUUAUUAAAUCUCGAUAAAAUUAGCUGAAAUCCUUGUAAAUAAUUUAUAUUUUUAAGAAAAUCUGUUGACACAGAAAACUAGUCAUAUAGGUAUAUUCGAGUGCUAACAAACUAACACCGACUUUAUUAUGUCUUUUUGCAUUUAUAACACGUGCUUGGCCAAGAGAUACUGCUCCAAUUUCAUACCUCGGUAAAGUAAAAUUUCAGUGACGCAUUUCACUAAGCAAAUGACUAACCAUUACUAGCGGUAAAGUAAUAAAAAAAAAAAAAAAAA